AUGGGUGCUACCGACGAAAAGGAGGCGGCCCACCGUGAGCUGCCUGAUCCAAAGACGUUAAGCGAGGCCGGGGAAGUCCUCAUCAAGGACAAAGAUGGGAAUGACGUCCCCUUCAAAUCCUUCUACACGGACAAGCCUGCAGAUGAGCGGCAGCUCGUCGUCUUCGUCCGCCACUUCCACUGCGGCAGCUGCAAGCAGUACGUGGAAGCGCUCAUGCAGGGUAUGCCGCCCGAGAAGCUGUCCAAGGCCAAGAUAACCCUCACGGUCAUCGGCUGCGGGGAGGCCAUCUGCAUCCCGGGCUAUGCCAAGGACACGGGGUCCGCGUACCCCAUCUGCGCCGACCCGAGCGUGCGGAUCUACAAGAUCCUGGGCAUGGUGUCGUCGCUCCGGCCGGGGGCCACGACCCCGAGCUACCUCAAGAAGAGCACGCUGGAGAACACCCUGUCUUCGAUGUGGUCCGGGCUCAGCUCCGGCCACCCGCUGUCUGGUGGGCCGACGUCGCAGAACGGCGGCGAGUGGCUUUUCCAGGGCGGGGAGUUGAAGUGGUGCCGUCGGAUGCGUAAUCCAGCAGACCAUACUGAGACGGAGGAGUUGAAGGAGGUACUCGGGCUGGAAUGA